AUGCACUCGCAAUCCCCCUCGACCACAAACAGCCCGCCGGCCACGAACUCCCGUCGCCUGAGCGUGGGCACAAAAUCUCGAACAUGCGUGCAUUGCGGUCGUAGCUUUCGACGAACCGAACACCUCGAGCGCCAUGUUCGAACUCACACAAAGGAAAAGCCAUACACCUGCUACUGCGGGGCGGCCUUUUCACGCCGCGAUCUCCUCAAGAGACACAUGACCAUCGCCGGCCAUGAAGAGACCAACCCUCCCACCAAGUCCUCUCCCAAGUCCCAAGCCCAGAUCGACCGCGAGAACACAAAGCAACGGGUUCGUCGAGCGUCCAAGUCACAACGUGCCUCUGCAGUUUCAGGGCCCCCGCCAGUACAAAAGAUUGCCAUUCCUCCAUCGCCAGAAGAGGGCACCGAAAUAGUCCAGUGGACAAUGCAGCAACCAUUCGAUAAUGUCCUCGAGUCACCUUCUACAGACGGCGCACACGACCCGGAGAUUCUCGAAGCAGCCCAGCUCCUGCUUCCAGGGAGCCUACCUCAAAACUACCCACCCGCACACCCAUCACCACCCCCAACACUAACCUACCUCCCCGAAGAGUUCAACCACUUCGAAGACGUAACGGUAACCAACUUCCUCGACUCCCUCGGCGUCCCUCUCGAAUGGUCCAACGGCGCCCACCACGGAAACGACGCUCACGCCCACAACAACAACUCAUACCCAGCCGAAGUCCCCGAAACAGCCCUCCACCCAUUCUUCAGAGAACGCGACAGGUCGCGCGCAGAGUCGUCAUGGCACCUACCCCCAGACCAGAGCGCGUACGCUGGGAUCGGAAUGGUUUCAGAUUACGCCAGUCACAUUUAUCAUUACCACCCACCAGAGGAUCUCGCUGGACGCUGUGCGUGA